CAGAGUCAGAGUCCCUGCUCGGUCUCCUCUGUCCUCGAACACAACAACAAAAGUGCUGCUGAGCUGCAGAGUUACUGUGACUACUGCUGGAUGAUCGUGUGAGCUGAGGUGAAAAUGAAGCGCUCCCUUGGGUUCUGUCUGGUGAUCUGCUCCGCUCUGAUCGGACUUGGAACGGCCAUUCGGUGUUACAGCUGUAAGGACUACACAGCCAGCUGCUCCAAACAAAGAGAGUGUAGCUAUGACGACGCCUGUCUCACACUCAAUGAGAGAGGUGGAAUGACUUACCGUCAGUGUCUGAAGUAUUCAGACUGCGAGUAUGGCCGACUGGCCCAGAUGUUCCCCCAGGUUUCCAGUUUUACCUUCAAGUGCUGCAACUCUGAUCUGUGUAACUCCGCCCCCUCCUCUGCAGCGAGCUCUGUGAUUGGUCUGCUGGCGUCGGUGGCUGUCAUGUGGUGGUGCAUCCACUGAAGAGGGACGCUGAUCUGUAGCGCCACCUGUGGUUGUAAACAUAACAGCUGCAUCUUCAGCUUGUCUAACUCCUUCAUCACUUUACAUUUAUUCAGUCAUCGUUUAACGGUUAAAAUUAUUUAUGAACAAACAGGAAGCAUCAAAAUAUUUGUUAGUAAUCAAUAUAAAUAUUAAUUCAUUAAGGCAGAAACAUGAGCUAAUUAUUCAUUCAUCAUGUUCACAGGAAGUCAGAGAGCCGUUAGCUGAGUUAGUGGUUAGCUAGUUAGUGCUUAGCACUAGCAAUGUAUCACAGGCUCACUGAAUCUUUAUGAUGUCAUCUGUGAUUCAUGAUGUCAUCAUUUCAAAGAAAAAAAAUCUGAUUUAUUCAACAAAAUUAUGAUUUUAUUUAGAUAAACUAUUUUUUUUUUUUGCAGGAAGCUGCCCCUUUAACUUCAGAUCUGUCAAAAUAAAGUGAAGCUGCUUUGCUCUUUAACUCUGUUAAUGAUGUCAUGGAGAUGAUGUCAUGAAGACGAUGUCAUGGAGAUGGUCAUUAAAUCAAUAAACAAACUGGAAACACGA